AAGAGGGUGGGAGGAAGGCGUGGGCACACCUGGGCAGAGGAGCAGGCAGUCGUGCCAGAAUGGACGGUAGACUGUAUGCAGGAGGAGAGGACUAUGAAAAGGAGUUCGACCCCAAAGACUACCUGGAAACCUACUAUGCCUUUGACUCGGGCACCAUGGCUGAAAACGAAAUCCUGAAAUUUAACCUGGAAAACCUCUUCCAGACCUUCACUGCAGGCGGAGUGUGCGGCAACCUGUUGAUCGACAUUGGCACCGGCCCCACCAUCUACCAGCUGCUCUCGGCCUGCGAGGUCUUCAGUGAAAUCAUCACCUCAGACUACAGUGAGCAGAACCUGCGAGAGCUGGAGAAGUGGCUGAGGAAGGAGCCAGGUGCAUAUGAUUGGUCCCCCGCAGCGAAAUAUGUGUGUGAGCUGGAAGGAGACAGGCACAGGUGGCAGGAGAAAGAAGCCCGGCUCCGAAAAACAAUCACUAGGUUGCUAAAGUGCGAUGUGACCCAGCCACACCCACUGGGGUCAGCCCAGGUGCCACCGGCUGACUGCGUGCUGACCCUGCUGACCCUGGAGAGCGCCUGUCCCAGUGUGGACGCAUACCGAGCGGCCGUGCGGGGCCUGGUCGGCCUGCUGAAGCCAGGCGGACACCUGGUCACCAUGGUCGCCCUGCGUUCACAGCACUACAUGGUGGGCCCCAAGAAGUUCUUCGGGCUCCACCUGGAGCGGGAGACAGUAGAGUCGGCCUUGCAGGAGGCCGGCUGCCAGGUGCUGAGGUGUGACUACCGUCCCAUCAGCUACUCUGAAGCCUGCUCCAAGAAUGAGGGCAUCUGCUUUGUGGUUGCCUGCAAGGGCUCCAGUGUCUAAUGUCAGCCUGGUCGGGAGAGUCUCCCUGGCAGGGGAGUCAUGUCCACCCAGGUCUAGAGUCUCAUUCACGGCCCCUCUGUAACAGGCAGCACCUGCUUCUGAUGCCUGGUCCCGAGAUCACAGAAGAAAAGUUGGGGAUCUGUUCUCCAUAGUCCUAUCUUGUUACCCUGCAGCGAAGACCAUGAAAAUAAAGUUAUUUAUCUGGG